UCCACCGCGCCCUCCGCUGUUCCAUCACCUGGUGCACGGUGGUCCAGGUCUGUCUUGGCCCGGCGGUGGUCAUAUCGGGUCGUCUGGGGUAAUAUUUCAUAUUUGCGAUGUCAUUAAUUUUCCUCUUGUUGUAAUUCUAGAUGUGCGGUGUUGCCACGUCAGAGGGAGUUGUGUUGUACGAUGGUGCCACGUCUGAGAAAGAGCUGUGUGUUGCGGUGGUGCCACGUGUGAGGGAGCUGUGUGUGUUGUGUGCGGUGGUGCCACGUGUGAGGGAGCUGUGUGUGUUGUGUGCGGUGGUGCCACGUCAUGUCCCCCAUCUGCUGGUGUGCCACGUCUCACCAGUACAGUGGUGCCACGUCCUCCAGGCCCGCAGGCUAUUGGUGGAGGUGUUUAGACUUGCCCUCGUACACCAGCCCCCCCUCACUCCCGCCCCCCUUCCGUCACUACACUACGGCCUACAUAAACAUCAUGUAGAUGGAUAAGGUGAACCGAGAAAUGGAAAAGCAAGGAGGAGAAAGUAUUUUGUCCAUACUAGAAGAAGAAGAAGAAGAAGAACACCUGAUAGUAAUUAGCGGCAAUGCAGAGAGUAAUAAGCUGUCCAGGCAACGGAGAGUGAGUGACCACAUUAUACUGAGACAACCGACAACAAUAAUAACAAAAAUGAAGUUCAACCGUAAACUUAUACCCUUUAAGGUCCACUACUUCUGUUUCCUGGGAUGUAUGUCACCGAUCCUGCCGUUCCUGAUUGUGGUCGGCGUCCAGCUGGGUAUACCCGUGUCGGUGACGGGCACACUGUCUUCCAUCUCUCUCUUGCUAAUAGUGUUCAUGAAGCCCCUCGUCGCUGCCAUGGCCGAUUCUUUCCCCGCCCACAGACGAGCCAUCUUCCUCUUAACCCUGACCUUGAUGGUUACCUGCUACAGCUCCCUCGUCUUCAUCCCACCUAUGAAGGAGGUGCCCAAGGUCAAGGGUCAACUGGUGAGGCCUGUAGAAGCCCUCACCUCCCAAGAGAAGGAAUUCAACCCACUUGUUGCAACAAAUGCAGAAAAAAAGGACAUUUCUAGCAAAACUUUGCUUCUGGCUCAUGGUGACGGUGCAUGUUAUGUGGCAGUGGCAUGGGACUGCAUAGCAUCAUGCAGUCAACCUUGGGCGUGCCUUUCAUCGAACACCUCCACGACUGACAUCCGAAUCACGGCCCUUCCUCGAGACAACGGCCUCAAGAUCUUUCAUGCUGCAGAAGAGACGUCACAUUUCCAUACUUUCAGUAGUGUUCCUCUUGAUGGUUCUCCUCCCUUGUGGGGUGAGGCUGAGAAAGGUGAAGGGCAGGAGGAGAGAGGUCAUCUGUAUCAGCUGGAAGGAGCCAAUGUCACCCAGGACUUAAUAAUGGCCAAUGUAAGCCUGGAGUGUGGGGGCGGGCAGUGGGAGGGGAAGGAAUGUGAUGGCUCCUGGACGUACUUGUCGUUCUGGAUCUUUACCGCUCUGUUCUUCGUGGGUCAGACUUCGUUCAACACCGCCAUAUCAGUCACGGACGCCAUCAUUGUGGAUACCAUCGGACAGGAUGGAGACUAUGGCAUCCAGAGAGCUUGGGGCACUGUGGGCUGGGGUCUGAUGGGGCCUAUUAGUGGGCUACUCAUAGACUGGUGGUCUGGCUCAUCCCUCACCAAGGACUACACCCCUGCCUUUCUCAUCUGCUUCAUCCUGGGUUCUACUGAUGUUCUUUUAUCUGCAGCUUUUAUAAAGGUUCCAGAAAUAAAAAUUGAACACAACAUUUGGAAGAAGGUUUGGCCUGUUCUCCGCCAACCAAGGUUCUUCGUCUUCUGCUGUUUUGUCAUCUUGAAUGGACUUUUUGAUGGUGUCGUUGCAAGUUAUAUAUUCAUAAUGCAAGAAGACAUGGCACGAGGAACAGAGGCUAUGAGUUAUAUGAAAUUCCUUCAAGGGCUCACACUUUUUGUGCAGUGUGGUAUCGAGGCGCCUUUCAUGUUUAUUAAUAACUGGUUUAUGCAGAAAUUUGGGGCUAACAAUGUGACCUCCAUUGUCUUCUUCCUGUACAUCUUCCGGCUGCUGGGACUGUCGGUGGUGGGUGCCUACGGUCCCGUCUGGGCUACGCUCUUGGUGGAGAUCUUAAAUGGACCUUGUUAUGGUCUAGGGUACACGGCCAUUGUGGUGUACUCAGCCAAGGUGUCGCCCCCAGGGACCAGCACCACCGUACAGAGUGUUGUCAACAUCUGUUAUGAGAGCAUCGGAUAUGCCGUCGCGUUAUUCGUCGGUGGAUUAUUAUACUCAAGUCUAGGGGGACCAGGAACCUACCUAGUGGCAGGCAUCACUGCUACCAUCACCUUUGCCAUGCACUUCAUUGCUAUCAGAUUAAUGCCACCACCAGAAAUGUCUGAAAACGGUGACACCUUAAUGGAACCACCGGGUAAAGACAUAGAGAAAACGGCGCUGAACGUAGACAGCGUGGCUCCGAGUAACGAGGGAGAAAACACAUCGGUGGGGGAAGACAGAGAGUCGGUGGCGGAAGACAGAGAGUCGGUGGAGUUACAACCAGAAAACCAACUCUGAAGAAGUGCAAAAACCAUGGAAGAAAGACAAGAAGCUGAACAUUGUGAGGAGUACAGUAUGGGUAAAGCAAAAUAUACCAGUCAGCUGAGAAUGUUAAGAGUGUGUAGUUUGUCUUUGUCUUUCCAUGACUGUUGGUAGACUGGGAAGAAGAAGAAGAAGACAGUAAGUGCCAAUCAUUUUGACGUAUAAUUUGUGAUAUGUGAAACUGUACAGCGCUACAGUUUUGGUGAUACUGUACAGUGAUUAAGGAGAGAAUACUCAUGUUAUAGUCUUGUUGGGCAGUUGUAUUAAAUUCACGGGGCACUUUUAAUGUUAAGUAAGGGGUACACUUUCAAUGUCUAAUUCGCAGGGUACUUAUAAUGAUAAUUAGAGUGCAAUUAUAAUGAGAAAUUUACUGAGUACUUAUAAUAUGAAGUUCACAGAGUUCUUGUACUUAUAAUUUAAAUUCACUGAGUACUUAUAAUAUGAAUUUUGCAGAGUAGUACUUGUACUUAUAAUGUAAUAUUCACUGAGUACUGUACUGAAGUUCACAAUUGGGGAUUAACAGAAUUACAGAUAGGCAUAGAACUAUCAGAUAACAUAGUAUGCACAUAUGCAAUCAUCUCUGAGCAUACUGUCCAGUAUAUAGAUACAUCUGAGGUACACUAGUGAGCUUGAUUAUAUUAUGAAGCAUUGAAACCUUCUGCCUUAUUUAGUUAUGAUAAGGGCUGAUAUGGAUUUGAUCCCACGUGGCUAGCUCAUUUUUUAACUCGUUAAUGAAUAAAAAUCCGUUCAUAUUAAAAACAAUAGUUUCACAUCAAGAAAUAUUAUGUGUAUAUAGAAGUGCAGCUUUUUAAUGACUAUUAAUAUCUUUUUUAUCUGCUUGAUGAUAACAUUCUAAGGUUUUUUUUUUAAUUAAUCAAUUUCACCACUUAUUAACUUAUAACCUGUUGGGCAUUCAGACUCUUCUCUGUUACGCACAAUCAUCUGUUCUCUGUUACAUGCACCUCGUUCCUGUUUUCACCUUCAUUGUUCCUUAUAAACACAAGUUAGUUUUAUCUAAAAUAGUCGUAAAGUGAAGUACAGUGAAGCAUGUUAAGUGAUGCUUAAGUGAGUGAUCUUUUCUUUACUAGAUCUCCAAGUAUGAGCUGAACUUGUUCGGUGUACACCCCAUGCACGUGACACAGCGUACACCUCAUGCACAUGACAGUGUACACCUCAUGUACGUGACAGUGUACACCUCAUGCACGUGACAGUGUACACCUCAUGCAAAUGACACAGUAUACACCUCAUGCAAAUGACACAGUAUACACCUCAUGCACAUGACAGUGUACACCUCAUGCAUGUGACAAUGUACACCUCAUGGACAUGACACAGUGUACACCUCAUGCAAAUGACACAGUAUACACCUUGUGCAUGUGACACAGUGUACACCUCAUGCAUGUGACAAUGUACACCUCAUGCACAUGACAUAGUAUACACCUCAUGCAUGUGAGUGUACAUCUACUGCGCAUAUGACAUAGUACAGUACACUACAUCUCCUAAACUUGACGCACCAACCUAACCUUAUCUAUGUCUCUCAUUAACUUACCUUCGUUAUUUAAACUUAAGAGUUAACCAAACUUAACCUAAACCUUGAGUUUACUUAUUCUACGUGACUUAACGAAAACCUGAAAUUAAUGUACAAUAUUUUAUAUAAUUUAAACUUUAGGCCUAGUGUAGAUAGAUUAAUUUAAAAUUUGACCUAAUUUAAGUUUAAAGUUAACUUAAUUUACCAAACUUUAACCUAAAGUUCACAUAAUUCACCUCACCUGAGACUGAAGUUAACUUAACCCUUACGCUGGCCACUCGUUCGGUCCAAAUCUCACCCAUAGACUAGUCGAUGAAUGCAUAAUUUUUUUCAUUGAAUUUUGUUUUCAUUUACCAUUUAUGGGUAAAAUUUUGCAAAUUUCUUCUUCUUUUAAUUGAGUUAAAAGGAUAAAAUAUCUGACUAAGUGAUCAAAGAACAAAAUAGUUCCUAGAAGUGAAUUGGGAUGGCUGAAAAUGAGUGUGGGAAUAUAAUAUCUUAUGCACCAGUGUGAGCGUUGAGGGUCGUGGGAGACAUCUCACUUCUAACAGCCCACAUACUGUAGUGAUGCAAAUGGCACCAGCAUCCGGCAAAAGGGUUAAUGUGUUCUACCUUGCCUAAAUUGCCUUGAACUAAUUAACCAAACUUAAUGUACUGAACAUUAACCCUCACUCAACCUAAAUCGUUCAUCCAUUGUGUCAUAUAACACAAUUGUAAAAAUACUUUUUGGAGCAUGUACAGUACAGUGCAGUGCUACAGUACAUUGUUUAUAUCAAUAUUGAUAUAAAGCUAUGACCCAGGGUGGGAUGUCAACCAGCAUGAACAGGAGGUAGAUUAUUGUGUUGCGAUUUAGGGGGCCAUCUACACCCAAGUUAAGACACUGUUGUUAAUCAGUUCCUGUAUUAUGUAAUUUAUUUUAUAUACUGACAACCCAUCCUCUAUUAUGUUAUAUUAUACUGAUAACAAACCCUUUAUGUAAUAAGCCAUAUGGUGAUGAUUUAUAUAUUUUUUGUAUUUACUGUAUUGAUUAUGGUAAAAAAAAUUUAAUUAGAAUCUUGAGGCAGAAAAUAAAUAGUGUAAUGACUUAAUGUGCCAAAUGAUGUGGGCCAGUUCAAGGUGGCCAACUUAUAGAACAAGAUAACUUAAAGUGAGGAGUAUGACAACCUUCAUUAUUUUAUAAAGUAGUGGUACUAACUACUAACCAGGGUGAUUCCUACUUAUGAAGAAGCUUGGCAAUACAGUAGUUAUUAGACAAUGGUUACUGUACUUAAAAGACCAGGGUGACUCCACUUAUAAAACUGACUAACUAUCUUGACUGACCCGUCGAUGGUAUCAAGCCACACUUUGCUGGAGUGAGUCUCCCUCAUGAUGGAAAACACAAAUUCAGUCAAUUCUUGAAAGACAGGUCAUUUUUGGACUGAAAUUCUGCCAUAAAUUCUUUAUUAGCGACUUAAUCUCUUAAUUUACAAUUAGUAUACUUAAGUACUGUUUACUCUUAUUUUUUUAACCAUAAACAGGAAUACUAAUAGAAAUUAAGAGGUAUAGCAACCUCAGGUUAUUUAGUGCAAUUUUUUUUUAAUUUAGUGAAUUUUGUCUGUCCCUAUCCGAUGAAAUAACCCCAGGCUACUUUUAAUUAUGAACAUUAAGUGAUGACAUUUCUCUCUUGUACAGAAAGAACAAAAAGUGAUAUCCCCAUUAGCUGGAAUAAUUGGAAAUGAGAUUUUUCCAGGUAUGGAGAUGAAUUUCUCGUACCAUAAUUUUUCCCGGUACACCUUCUGGGGUAAGCUUUCAGAGAGUCUAAACUCAUCUCGCAUGGACAGACACAGAGCUGUAUUUAUUUAUGGAAACACCUCUGUACACAUACAAUAUAUUGUAAAUAAAUGAAGUAUACUGCUGUAUACACUAUACUUUACUCGCUAGCAGAUGCUGUCAUGGUGGGCUUGUGAUGCCGGCUGGCUAAAUGGUGAUAUGAUAAUACAGGAUGUCCUGUAUCAUCUACUGUAGUAUGUGUUAUCAAAGUUUCACUCUCCUCUCCCUCCAUGAAGAAGGGAUUGUACAUGCACUGUGUACUGUACUUACACACUAGCUGACAGUAGACAUAUACUGUCCACUCAGCUAUGUACAGUACUUUCACACUUAAUGAAUUUUUCACCUAAAUACAAAAGCAAAGUGUUAUCAUGUGUCCUGUCCGAGGCUGGAGGACUACUGUUACUAAGGCCGCGACUCACUCCCUGUGUCGGAAAAUGUAUCUUCUUAAUGAUGAUCGACACAGUUGACUGCUCAAGGCCAAGUAUUUUCACAAGGUAGUUUGACCCUUCACUUCUCUUAUGAUGCUGUAUAAUGUCAAGCUUCAUAUCCAAGCUCAAUGACUUGAGGGAGAGCUUGGCCUUGCCUGAUGAAGGAGGUGAAACAGCAAUAUGCUUAUCUGUCAUUUUUUUCAAAGUUCAGUUACUUUACACAAUAUCACAAUAGAGUACUGUUUAUGAACAGUCAGUACAGUACUCAAUAGCCUGUAAAAGUCACAGCGAUGUGCAGCAUUAACAAUGAUGCACAGCUAUAGUGUAUGCAGCACUAACAGCGAAGCAUGUAAGACAAUGAUCAAAUGACAGGUGGUAAACAUUUUGUACAGUACAUGGCGUGGGUGGGUAGGUGGCGUGCAGGUAGCGUAAACAAGUGACAGUAUAGAUGCACAAUUGGAGCACAGAGUUUUUAUGUAACAAACGGGAAAGGGUGUUAAUUCUAUAUUGAUAAACCAAAGUAUCAUUAAGUGAAUUAACGCUAAACUAGGGUUACCUGUACUGUAUACUUAAUGUAACUGUAAUAAUUUUUGAUGUCUUACACUGCUCUAACACUAUAUUCUUUGCUGAUUGUGUCCUGGUUCAAUAAUAAACAGUAUACUGCACAACACAAUUGUAUGCCUUUUGCAAUGGCAGCAGAAUAUGAACCAAGUGUUUGAGCCUUUGGCCUAAGUUACUCAAGCAGCUAGCCCACCCAUGUGCCCGACAUGUGGGGAUGCGUAGGAGUUUCAUACGAUAUCUUGGAAAAUUGGUCCUAUGCCUGGAACGAAGAAUUUUGGGGGGAAAAUGCACAUGACUCGCGACUUCAUCCUCAGAAACUUGUUCCCAUGCCCAGAAUGGAGAGAUUUUCCCAGGAAUUUCUCAGAAGGUUCAAAAUUCAUUCUAGCUAUUGGAGAGUUUUGGGUACCGGAGAUUCUCGCUAACGUGAAGAUUAUUUAUUCAGAUUAACACUAGACAGAAAAGUGUUGAUGGCAGUAAGUGAGGUAGCCAGGAAAGGUGCAAUGAAGAAAAUAUAGGGAAAUUGUGACACAGGGAAAGACUACUGGCUAAUAGGUUGACAAAUACAGUAGUGAACAGGAUAAGUAACUGAUGCCAGAAAAGUUAAUGUAGUAGCAAGAAAGGAUAAUUUGUGUUGUGGUGUCAGAGGUGUUGCCUCAUCAACAGCAUGACGGUGAUGUAACGAGAGGAGAAAAUAUUUUAACAUGAUGAGAAAAUUUGUGACAGAAGCCAAGAAAAUGACUUGAGUAUCAGACAGCCAUGUUUAAAGGUCAUAUACAUCAUGCUAACAAUACAGUAUUUCUUUCAUAAAUGUGAUAUAUAUACAGUAUACUAUACAGUACAGUAUAUAUAUAUAUACUCUGUAUAACUCGCUCAUGUUAGAUAUGUGUCCAUUUCACAAUAACUGUGAUAAUUAUGAUAGUACAGUAUUAUUAUUAUAGAGGCAUUCCAUCCUACAUAUAUCUAAACAAAUUCAACAUACAUUUAUUGUAUACCAAUGCUGUAUACACAUCUUGCUCAGUGCAAUACAGUAUCUCUGUGUGUAUUUUGGCCAGUGCAGUGUGUACUUAUUUAAUAUACUGUGCACGUGUUAAAAAAAUCCUGAAUGUGUAUUGAAUGAGAAUAUUUAACGUGUAAAGUAAAAUAUGUGAAAUACUUUACUCUUAUGUGAUAAUAAAUAUUUCAAAAUACUGAACUGUAUUAAAUUACUGAUAAAAUAAGAAUCAAAUCAUUCUAAAUGCAAAUUAAAUCAAA